AUGGCUGAAGGAGGGCAGGCCGGCGCUCCCCCCGUGCGGCUGUGGGUGCGACGCGUAGGUGUGUACUGCGAUGAGCACCGCAGGACGUGGCUCGUGGCUGCGGAAGAGGAGGAAGGUAUGCUGAGGGCUCGGAUCCAAAGAGUUCAGGUUCCCCUGGGUGAGGCGCUGCGACCCAGCCAGCUCCCCCCAUCCCGGCUGCCUCACAUGUGGCAGCUGUCCCAGGGUGAGCAGUACAGGGAUAGUAACUCUCGCGUUUGGGAGAUAGAGCACCAUCUCAUGCUCGGUGGUGUUGAAGAACUGCUGCUUAAACUCGUGCCUGGUGAUUAAUCUGGAGCAGUGGCUCUAGGAAGAUGUCCUUGUAUGUUUUGUACAAUAAAUGAUUCUCUCUCCACUGAAAUGCGGCCACCCCUGAGGUGGAAGCAGUUAAACAACACACAGCAACAUCA